UCCUCGUGCAUGAGAAUCUCGUUGCAGUAAAGGUGCACGCGCAUGCGCAGAUCUCUCUGUCUUUUGUUGGAAGGGAAUGACUGGCGUUUUCAAUGCUCUCUGCUCCAGCAUCGCAACAUUUAUAGGCAAAUCGUCUGAAUACGGUACAGUGGGUGGAUACAACUCUGGAAAGAGGAUUUGGCGACUGAAGACGGUGUCCUGAAGCGGUCGAUUGUGUGAUCAGAGCGGCUGGAAUACUCUACAAUUAUCCAUCAUGGCUGAUCUUGAUACUGAUUUCACCAGUGGAGAUGCUGGGGCUUCACUGACCUUCCCCAUGCAGUGCAGUGCUCUGCGUAAGAACGGCUUUGUGGUGCUAAAGGGACGUCCCUGCAAGAUUGUGGAGAUGUCUACCUCCAAGACUGGCAAGCAUGGGCAUGCCAAGGUGCACUUGGUUGGAAUUGACAUAUUUACUGGAAAGAAAAAUGAAGAUAUCUGUCCCUCCACCCACAACAUGGAUGUUCCUAACAUCAAGAGACUGGACUAUCAAUUGGUUGGCAUUACCGAUGGCUACCUUUCCCUGUUGAAGGAUAAUGGAGAUUUGCGUGAGGACCUCAAGCUGCCUGAAGGGGAUCUGGGCAAAGAAAUAGAGAGCAAAUUUGAAUCUGGGGAUGAAUUUCUGGUCUCCGUAUUGGCUGCCAUGGGCGAAGAGUGUCCCAUUGCCAUCAAGCCCAUGAGCUCAUAAUGAACCGAAGCUGACGGGCAGGUUGAGUGAGGGCCUCUAUACCACAAUACUACAUUUUAGUUCUAAAAAAAAAAAAAAGUCACCAAA